UGAAACCAGAUUGAUUUUGCUCUGUUUUAUUUACUGUUUUGAUAUAUUCAAAACGAAAACCUUUUAGUUGACCCAGAGUACGUUCUGAUAAUGUUCCAUGUUUAUUCCCCAUAAUUACACCACUGCAUUAAAUCUUUUUCAUAACAGCACAUGGUAUUUUCUCGUUUAAACAAAAAACCUUUCUGUACGUCUUUCUCCUUCAAGACUGUCGUCACUGAAAUAAAUAUUUUAACUGCCCUCAACAGAAAAAUACCUUUUUUUAUUAAUAUUAAAUUAAUCCAAGUUUGCAUAAAUAAAUAUAUUUGGGGGAAAAAAUAGAUGAGAAAAAGUCAGGAUUGUCAGCUGUGCACAGGAAAAGAUUUUUUUUAAAAUGACAAGAUAUUUUAAAGAUUUACAUUCACAUGUAGAAUUUGGGUAACAGGAUUAUAUUCACUUACUGCUCUUUUUCUCGUGGUUUAUUUAGAUGUAGUUAUUUUAGACUUCCUGCUGAAUGUGUGCUUUAUAGAAUAGUCUAGAUCAUUUUAGAGGAAAAUGAAUUUAGUAUAAAAUGCAUUUAUUUUAAUGCAGAAAACGUGAGAAAGUAAAUUCAGGCAGGAUCUAUAAGGCUUAUAUAAUCUGGGUUUUUAUUUUUUACUUAUCCCACAUCUGUCUAGAAAGAUCUCCUGCUAAGUGAUUAGAGGGAUUAGCAGUAAAUCUGUAUAAUGUUAAUGCUACAUGAUAUGACAGAGCUGGACCAUUAAAAGCUUUACAUGAGAAAUAAGGCUUAGUGGGAAUGUUGGUAAUACACUGGUGGGUUUUGCGGGAUGUUGGUUUGUUAUUUUUUGUUGAUUUUCAAGGAGCUGGCAUUUAUUUCAAUGUUCAGGGAGGUGGUAGCUCAGUGGGCUUUGGAUCAGAAGAUCACAGGUUCAAAUCCCACCACCACCAAGCUGCCACUGCUGGGCCCUUGAGCAAAAGCCCUAAAGUAAGUCGCUCUGGAUAAGGGCAUCUGCCAAAUGCUGCAAAUGUAAAUUUCUUUACUCUUGGUGACCAUUUUACCCUCACUGUGACUAGAGAUCAACUGAUUUAUACAUCAUGCAUAUUAAAAAGCUCUUUUCAUUUUAGGAUAUAGUGUGAUCUUUUAAUUCAUCUGCUAGGAGAAUGCACAUCAGUUCCUUACAAAAAUGGUCAAAGUUUUAUCAGUUCUGUUAAUUAUAAAUUCGGGUCUGAACAUCCUAUUUUAUCAGGACUCAUGCAGCCGUGUCCAUCGGUGCUGAAAGGUUCCCACUAACGCACUUGUUAUUGUACUGAACUUACAGAGAUGUCAAUGAACUUCAUUUGCUGGCAACAUUCUCAGAUGCUGGGUAGAGGUUCCCUGGUGUUAAAGCAGAUAAGGAUCCUGCACUCUCACUGGGCAGGGAACUGAUCCAGACACCUGGGGGGGUUACACAAGCCUGUUCACUCUCAGUGCCGGUCCUGGACCUGAAUUAAAUAUCAAGGUUGCAUCAAGACGGCCUGCUGAGGAGACCCCUAAUGGGAGAAGCAAAAUGAUAACAACAACAGCAUUCUCAGAUGUGAGUGCAGCAGAUAGUGUUGCUACCUCACAGAAUCAAGAUCUUUCUGAAUUUGAACCUGAAGUUACUGCAUUCUUUCUCUCUGGAUCUCUCGUGUUCUUCCAGUUCAUACCAGUAGGACGGGUGAUGUUAUGAGGCUGGUUUUGCUAAAUUGCAUGUAAAGUGUGUGUGGUGCUCUGAGAUGGUCUGGGGUUCCCUCACAGCCUGGAUCCAUGAAAAAGCAGUUACUGGUGAUCUCCAGGAACACAAUUAGGAAACAUGGACAAGUCUGGGAAAGUUAAGCGGGCCUUGUGUCGCCCCCUGCAGGUCACAUGUAGAAUUUAUUCACUAUUUAUUUUAUUUCACUUUUGUUGUAAAGAGUUUUAAGUGUUGAAGAUCUGAAGCCAUGACUUGUUUAAUAGUAUUUCGUUCUGUGCAGUUACAUGAGACAUGAAUUAAUAAGUAAAAGACGCAGGUUUGGAGAAGGUUUGGAGAAAGGCUGGAGUAUUUUGCAGGACAUAAACAGGGUUCCAGUCUGUAGUUGUGUUGAUGUAGAAGAUUGUGCACGAGGCAGUGACCGCCCCUGACAUGUACGUCAGCUGGAGAUGAACUUGGAGCAGCCUCUCUGGAGUGUGUGACAUGCUGGCGAGGAAAAGCAUCAUCCCGGAGGAGUUCGCGCUGCCCGCGCUGGCGUCGCGCGCGCCACGGAAGCCGGUGUUCAGGGACCGCGUGAACAAGGCUCGCUUCAUUGCCAAAAGCGGCGCGUGCAACCUCGCGCACAAGAACAUCCGCGAGCAGGGCCGCUUCCUGCAGGACGUCUUCACCACGCUAGUCGACCUCAAGUGGCGCUUCACCCUCGUCAUCUUCACCAUGACGUUCCUGUGCAGCUGGUUGCUCUUCGCCAUGGCCUGGUGGCUCGUCGCGUUCGCGCAUGGAGACCUGGAUCUCGCCCGUCAGUCCGGCGUCGAGCAGUGCGUCACCAACGUCAAGUCCUUCACCUCUGCCUUCCUGUUCUCCAUUGAGGUGCAGGUCACAAUAGGUUUUGGUGGCCGCAUGAUUACAGAGCAAUGUCCGAUCGCCAUCACGGUUCUGAUCUUGCAGAACAUCGCCGGGCUCAUCAUCAAUGCCGUCAUGCUGGGCUGCAUCUUCAUGAAGACGGCGCAGUCGCACAGACGUGCCGAGACGCUUAUCUUCAGCCGCCAGGCCUGCAUCGCCGUGCGCAACAGCCGUCUGUGCUUCAUGAUCCGAGUAGGCGACUUGCGCAAGAGCAUGAUCAUCAACGCAGCUGUGCGCCUCCAGGUGGUGCGCAAGACCACCACGCCUGAAGGAGAGGUCAUCCCUAUCCACCAGAUCGACAUCCAGAGUGAGAGUGCCGUGGCCAGCAACAGUAUUUUCCUCCUGGCACCACUGAUCAUCUGCCACGUCAUCGAUAAAGACAGUCCACUCUACGACCUGUCAGCCAUGGAGCUGCAGUGCAGUGACCUGGAGAUCAUUGUGAUCCUCGAGGGUGUUGUGGAGACCACGGGGAUCACCACGCAGGCUCGCACUUCUUAUGUGAGUGAGGAGAUCCAGUGGGGUCACCGCUUCGUGCCUAUCGUCACUGAAGAGGAGGGGGUUUACUCAGUGGACUACUCUAAGUUUGGGAACACGGUGAAGGUCGGGACGCCGGGCUGCAGCGCCCGUGAGCUUGACGAGAAGCCGUCCAUCCUCAUCCAGACCAUGCAGAAGAGCGAGCUCUCGCAUCAGAACUCUCUGCGUAAGAGGAACUCCAUGCGCCGAAACAACUCCAUUCGCAAGAACAACUCCAUGCAGCGCAACAACCUGUCACUAGCUGUGCCCAAGGUGCAGUUCUUUACACCUGAAGGGGGGCAGAACGUCGCCGUCACAUGACAUGCACCAGACCAACCUCUGGAUUACACGAGGUUCCACGGCUCCCCGUUCCUGUCAUGGUCCAACAAACCUCUUCAUGCUGAUCUGUCUAACUUUUCCACUGAUCUUCUAAAGGAGCAGCAACUGUGUGUCUGCUUUCUUCCUUUUCUGUUUUAUACAAAUCAAUGUAGUAAAUAUGUUUUAUAUAAAAACAUGUCUGAGAGCGAGGAAGAGGAGUUUCUCCUCUCUCACUGUUCAUCACUAUUUCUUUCCAUUACAGCAAUAUUUCACAGCUCUGUAUUAUACUGUUGUAAUAUUGUCACUGACUCUGUACACACUGAGAAAUUUUAUUCAUGUUUUGUGAAUAAACAAGAAUUUUUUUAAUGCACAGUAAUAAAUAAGUGUUUUGUUCUGUU